CUCCCCGCCCCCUCCCUCCCCCCUCGCGGCCUCUCCACAGGUUCCUGGUUAAGAUGGCGUCCCCGGUGGCCAUCGCGGCACAGGCCGGCAAGCUUCUGCGAGAGCAAGCGCUGCGGCCGCGGCUCCUGGCGGUCAGGUCCCAGGCUGGUCACUUAACCUCCAGAAGAUGGCUGAACCUGCAGGAAUACCAGAGCAAGAAGCUCAUGUCCGAGCAUGGAGUGAGAGUCCAGAGGUUCUUUGUCGCCAGCACUGCUAAUGAGGCUCUGGAGGCAGCGAAGAGACUGAAUGCAAAAGAAAUUGUUCUGAAAGCCCAGAUCUUAGCUGGAGGAAGAGGAAAAGGUGUCUUCAAUAGCGGUUUGAAAGGAGGUGUUCAUUUAACCAAAGACCCGAAUGUGGUGGGACAGCUGGCCAAGCAGAUGAUUGGUUAUAAUCUAACAACGAAACAAACUCCAAAAGAAGGUGUGAAAGUUAACAAGGUGAUGGUUGCUGAGGCCCUGGACAUUUCUAGAGAGACCUACUUGGCUAUUCUGAUGGACCGGUCCCACAAUGGUCCUGUGAUAGUGGGCAGCCCCCAGGGGGGCGUUGAUAUUGAAGAAGUGGCAGCUUCCAGUCCAGAACUCAUCUUUAAGGAGCAGAUUGACAUUUUUGAAGGGAUAAAGGAUAACCAGGCCCAGCGGAUGGCAGAAAAUCUGGGCUUCCUCGGGCCUUUGAAAAAUCAGGCGGCCGACCAGAUUAAAAAGCUGUAUCAUCUCUUCCUGAAGAUUGACGCCACUCAGGUGGAAGUGAACCCCUUCGGUGAAACUCCAGAAGGACAAGUUGUCUGCUUUGAUGCCAAGAUCAACUUUGAUGACAAUGCUGAAUUCCGACAAAAGGACAUAUUUGCUAUGGAUGACAAAUCAGAGAAUGAGCCCAUUGAAAAUGAAGCUGCCAGAUACGAUCUUAAGUACAUAGGACUAGACGGGAACAUUGCCUGCUUCGUGAAUGGGGCUGGAUUAGCCAUGGCUACUUGUGACAUCAUUUUUCUGAAUGGAGGGAAGCCAGCUAACUUCUUGGACCUUGGAGGUGGUGUAAAAGAAGCCCAAGUCUAUCAGGCAUUCAAACUGCUCACGUCUGAUCCCAAGGUGGAAGCUAUCCUCGUCAAUAUCUUUGGUGGAAUUGUCAACUGUGCCAUCAUUGCCAAUGGGAUCACCAAAGCCUGCCGGGAGCUAGAACUCAAGGUGCCCCUGGUGGUCCGGCUUGAAGGAACUAAUGUCCAGGAGGCUCAGAACAUCCUCAAAAACAGUGGACUUCCCAUUACGUCAGCCGUGGACCUGGAGGAUGCAGCCAAGAAAGCUGUUGCCAGUGUGGCAAAGAAGUGAUGGCUUCCCCUGAGUUCCUGUGAAGAAGAGCACUUCCCUCAUCACUGUGAAAGCAAUUGUUGUCACUGGGAAGGGGUCACACACAAGAAUCAUUAUCUGAAAACUCUUAAGUCUGAACUUUCUCAAAUGCGCUAUCCAGAGUGCCUAAAGCUGAUUUUACCCUGUAGUCGUAAAACAAAUCACAUCACACAGUUUCACACCUUCUCUUGCCGUCAGUAGCAGGGUCUACCAGCUCUGCCACAGCCAGUGUGGCCAAAUAAUGUGCAUAGGUACAGUUUUUGAAGCCUGGUCUAGGUCCAUCUACAAGAACUUUGUGAACCUUUAAUCUUCUAUAAUAGAAAAUUGCAGGACUCACAAGUUCAGACAGGAUUCUAUUUAACAUAGGGACUUGCAGAAGGAUGCAGCUAGGACAUCUGAGCAUCUGUGAACAGCAGUUUCCAUAGGCUCAUAAUUCUAACACACCUAGAAAGCCCAGGAAUGUCCUAAAGUGUGGUAUACAUUGGGAGCCCCACAUUGAUACUUGUACAUUGCACACAUUUUACCCUGUGCCUUAAUGUUGAAUAUUCUGCCUGCCUCACACCAAACUGCAACCUGAUGCCUUAGUUACAAGUUUAAAGGAAAGGUUCUGUUUCAUGUCGGAGUUGGUAAAUGCUGAUUUUUAUGAAACUGUGUAAUUAAGCCAUUUCAUUAAGAGACAAUACUGAAGAUCAAGCUGUGUUGGGGGUGAGGUUUUUCCCUCUCGAACCCUCCACUUCACACUUACCAGCUUGUCAUAGAUGGGGAAAUGUCAUUGGAGAGAACGUGGCCUUUCUAAUGAUGUCCUUUUUUUGUGACAGGAAUUUUCCUAAUUUGAUCUUUUGUUUAAUUUUGAUAAGUUUGUACUGAUACACAUUUUAAAUAAAAUGGUUUUUAAGUGCUAUGUUAGCUGUGCAUUUCUUGAUUCUGUCAGUUGGUCACGGCCUCACCGUUCCUUCCUUGUGAAGGCACUAGCCUUUGUGCCUGAGUCUCGACUCCAGCUAGGAGACCACAGCUCACCUGGAUUGUCCCAACUCCACUCUGUCUUGUCACAUGGCCAUUUCUGUGGCAGAUGGCUCAGUGAAGGGCUAAAAUUUGCACAUUAGACACAAGCCCAGAAAAUAUGUCUCUGAUGUGGAACAAGGUGACAUGGUCCAGUGAAAACACUGUGGUGUAUUCCAGGGGCCGCCUUUCCCAUCCAUACUCCAGUGCAUAACUAGCCACACU